AUGGAUGUCUUUGUUGUUGUUGGUUUUGGUUUUGGUUUUGGUUUUGGUUUAGAGGACAAGAGAGUGAGUGAAGUGUUUGGUUGGCUCGUUGGCUUGGAAGUCUCUUGGAGAGAUUGGGGUUCUGAUAAGCGAUUUAGAGAACUUGACUGGUGGAGGCCUUGGAGGGAAAGAACUCUGACUUAUUUCUUUUUGAUGAUAUAUUUCUUGUUGGAUGUGACAUCUGGAGUUGCGAUUGGACCGGCAGCUAAAUACCUUGAGAGAUGGAAAACGUAUCCUACAAUUCUGUAUCGAGUGGUGGAUGGGAACCUGUGGUUUCUCGGUGAAGAGGAAACGGAACCAUACUUUCGAUGCAAGGCUUCACUCACUCUUUCAAAAGUGCAGAAUGAACCCGAACAGAGCAGUCCUAAGCCUUCCCUACUCUUCCAGAUAGCCGGUUGCUUCCGAUGA